UCUCCUUUUCCCUGUCGCCUUUCCUUCCUUUAUCUGAUUACUGCUUGCAACUGCCUUACGUGUAAAAGUCAAACCUCAUUGAGCAUUUGGCAGCUCGCCCCCUUCGUUUCGUUCCCAUCUCCGCUCGAAACCCUCCUCAUUGACCAUGUACUCCAUGUCUGAUAUUUGGAGGUCGUCUGGAUACGAUCCAGUUUCUCGACUCACUUUGCCCGAUUAUGAUACAGAACCUGGGCUAGACUUUGACGCAAUGGUUGUAAAGCAGCCAAAUGACUCAUUCUUUUCGAAUAACAAUUCAAGGGAAACAUCUGAUAUAUCUUUUAUAGAUAUAGUGUUGUCCAAUUCUGCGUUUGCCGAAACUUAUCAACCACCUCGUAGAAUGACUUCAGUGACCCCAUUGAAUGCACCACACAUUGUUCCGUCUGCUUCGGUUUCACAUCCUUCUACUGCUGAUUUCACUACCGAUAUCGAUCAUUUGUGUCUCUUGUUCUCACCGAUACUGACCGUGACUUCGUUACUCGGUCCGCUCGUGAACCCCACUUCGCCCACAACGAUCGGAGCGGUGGCGCAAGAAAAAGCAAAAGCUCAACCUCAGCGGAGCUCUUCUGAUGUGAAGUUUACCAAGCCUCCACCGUCUGCAUUGAUAACACCGUCCAAAAGCACAAACAUGAUCGUGAAACCUUCCAAUUCUGUCAAAUUACUUGCAGAAUCCUGGAAUUUCUCAUUCCUGGAUGAAUCCCAGAAACGCCACAUUGAGAAAAAAUGGCCGGUUGUCAAGAUUACCAACAUUCCUUGGAGUAUUUCGAUGGACGAGGUGAAUAGCCUUUUAGCAGGCAUUGCUGCACCUGAUCCACAUGUAGUGUCACAAAACGUGCAUAUUCUCUUGAACAAGUCAACGGGCAAAACGCUUUCGGAGGCAUACGUUGAACUGGCGUCCGAACAAGACGUGUGCCAGGCCGUGGCCCUCACAAGACGCACGAUUCGCGGACGCAGAGUUUUUAUUCACGCCAGUUCCCAAGACGAAUUGUUAACGGCUCUCUUUUCUCAGUGGCCUGGAACAUUCAAAAAUGGAAAAGCCAUCAUUUCCUCGGAUACAAUGUUACCUCCACCGUUUACUGCACGCCACGAACUUGAAUCACUCGCGAGUGUUUGCCGGAAUUACAAGCUUUGCUUUUCUCGAAAAUGUGGUGAACGUCCAUUCGAACAUUUCAUUUCUCUUAUGACCAAACUCCCUGUGGAUCAAUUUCACGCCGUUACCACAUUGCAGAGGGAUCAUUUGUACGAGUAUUACAAAAAAGCGACAGGUGAGUCAUGAUAAACCUUGUUAUUUUGAUGACCUUUGAUACGCUGAUGUGUCUAUUAUGUUUUU